AUGAGAGUGGAGACUGCCGGGAGGGUUCGACUAGACGACUGUAUAACAUUGCUCCUGCUUACACUUUCAGGGCUUGUUUGGGCUAGAUUUCUUUACCGAAAGUUCAAGACGCCACUGAAGAAAGAAAUAUCACCUCAAUUCGCAAAGAUAGAGCUUCCAAUAGUUCCAUACAAUGAUAUAGUGAAAGGAACAGAUGGAUUUUCAGAAGCAAAUUUGCUUGGAAAGGGGCGAUAUGGUACAGUAUACAGGGGCACUCUAACUCUAGAUAAGCAAGCCACUGUCGUCGCUGUUAAGGUGUUUAACGUCCACCAAUCAGGGUCCUACAAAAGCUUCCAGGCUGAAUGUGAGGCACUAAGAAGAGUGAAGCACCGAUGCCUUGUAAAGAUCAUUACAUGUUGUUCUAGCAACAAUCACCAGGGUCAAGACUUCAGAGCAUUAGUCUUCGAGUUCAUGGCUAAUGGCAGCUUAGAUAGAUGGAUUCAUUCAAAUUAUGGAGCACUGAGCUUGCCACAGAGGUUAGAUAUUGCAGUAGACAUUGUGGAUGCUUUGGACUAUCUUCACAACAGUUGCCAGCCACCAGUCGUACAUUGCGAUCUCAAGCCGAGUAACAUUCUUCUCAAUCAGGACAUGAGAGCUCAUGUUGGGGAUUUCGGCAUUGCUAGAGUUCUAGAUGAAUCAACAAGCAAAACUCAAAUGAUUUACAAUAGCUCCAUAGGAAUAAGAGGCACCAUCGGAUACAUUGCUCCAGAAUAUGGAGAAGGGCUUGCAGUAUCAACUUAUGGUGAUGUGUACAGUUUUGGUGUUAUUUUGAUUGAGAUGUUUAUAGGAAGGAGCCCGACAGAUGAUAUGUUCAGAGAUGGGAUGAGCCUGCAUUAUUUUGCUAAGGCAUCUCUUCCUGACAAGGUUAUGGAGAUAGCAGAUUCCAAUAUAUGGCUGCAUGAUGGGGUAAACACCAAAAAUGAUAAAAGGCAUAUGAAAACAAUUGAAGAAUGUUUGUAUUCAGUCAUCCAUCUCGGUGUCCUAUGCUCAAGGCAAUUGCCCACAGAGAGGCUGUCAAUAAGCGAUGCUGCUGCAGAGAUGCAUGCUAUCAGAGAUUCAUACAUCACUGCUUGACCGUGAAGUGAUUUUGGUUCAUAUUAACAACCAUUUGCUUAUACCUACUAUAAUAUUGCUCUAAAUUUAUUCUUAGAGUAGACAUAUUUUGUUUCUUUUAUUUGAGAGUGUGUUGUAGACUUUAUUCUCAAUAUUCGUGAUAGAAAUCUUGCUGUUCCUAAGGUUAUAUAUUACAACAGUAACAUA